UGGACGUGCACAACGGAGCACCUUAAUGAAUUUGCAGGGGAGGGACUGCGGACCCUGGCGCUUGCCUACAAAGAUUUGGACGAGGAGUACUUCAGGCAGUGGAAACAGCGCCACCAUGAGGCCAGCAUCUCCCUGGAGGACAAGGAGAGCCAGCUGGACGAGCUGUACGAGGAGAUCGAGAAGGACCUUCUGCUGCUGGGAGCAACAGCCAUCGAAGACAAGCUGCAGGACGGAGUACCUCAGACCAUCGAGCAGCUGGCCAAAGCUGACAUCAAAAUCUGGGUACUGACUGGCGACAAGCAAGAAACGGCAGAAAACAUCGGUUACUCCUGCAACCUGCUGCAGGAGGAGAUGAACGACGUCUUCAUCGUCUCUGGCCACUCACCGGAGGAAGUUAGACAAGAACUCAGAAAUGCGCAGAACUCGAUGAAACCAGACGCAACAGUGAAUUCUCUGCUUUUCCCAGAAGACAUGGGGAAAAGUGUGAAUGUGAUUAAAGACGAGGUGGCUGAUGGAGAGUAUGGUCUGGUUAUCAACGGACACAGUCUGGCGUACGCCUUGGAGAGCAGCAUGGAGCUGGACUUCCUGAGGACGGCGUGUUUGUGCAAAGCGGUGAUCUGCUGCAGGGUGACGCCCCUGCAGAAGGCCCAGGUGGUCGAGCUGGUCAAGAAGUACAAGAAGGCGGUCACGCUGGCCAUAGGCGACGGCGCCAACGACGUCAGCAUGAUCAAAGCGGCUCAUAUCGGUGUGGGCAUCUCAGGCCAGGAGGGGAUGCAGGCCGUCCUGUCCAGCGACUACUCCUUCGCCCAGUUCCGCUUCCUGCAGCGCCUCCUGCUGGUGCACGGACGCUGGUCCUACCUGCGCAUGUGCAAAUUCCUGCGCUACUUUUUCUACAAGAACUUCACCUUCACCUUCGUUCACAUCUGGUUCGCCUUCUUCUGCGGCUUCUCUGCACAGACGGUGUAUGACGAGGGGUUCAUUACGCUCUACAACCUGAUGUACACGGCUCUGCCCGUUCUGGGCAUGAGCCUGUUUGAUCAGGAUGUUAACGACGUGUGGAGUUUCCAACAUCCGCAGCUCUACAUUCCCGGCCAACUGAACCUGUACUUCAGCAAGAAGGCCUUCUUCAAAUGUGCCGUCCACAGCUGCUACAGCUCCCUGGUGCUCUUCCUCAUCCCCUACGGCGCCCUGCAGGACACCGUGAGGGACGACGGCAGAGACCUGGCCGACUACCAGUCCUUCGCCCUGCUCACGCAGACCUGCCUGCUGUUUGCCGUCACCAUCCAGCUGGGGUUGGAGAUGUCCUACUGGACGGCUGUGAACACCUUCUUCGUUUUGGGCAGUCUGGCCAUGUACUUCGCCGUCACCUUCACCAUGUACAGCAACGGCAUGUUCCUGGUCGUGCCGUCGGCGUUCCCUUUCAUAGGAACGGCUCGAAACUCUCUGAACCAGCCCAACGUGUGGCUGACGAUCGUCCUCACCUCCAUCCUGUGCGUCCUUCCCGUGGUUACCUACCGCUUCCUGUUGAUUCAGCUCUGCCCCACCAUCAAUGACAAGGUGAUGUUCAAGGUGAGGCAGGCCAGAGCGACCCCCCCGCCUCCUCCUCGCCGCGCCCGUAUCCGCCGCACCAGCUCCCGCCGCUCCGGCUACGCCUUCUCACACGCGCAGGGCUACGGGGACCUGGUGACGUCCGGCCGCUUCCUGCGACGCCCCGCCGUUUCGUGGUCUUCAGGUUUCCCCCAGGUGGGGCGCACCACCACGGGGUUCAGCCCCAUGGGGCGGUCGGCGGGGUACAGCCCCACGGGGCGCCCGCAGAACCCCAAGGUGGCGGACGUGGAGGUGACUUCGCUGCAGAUGUACCGGACGAUGACCGACCCCCCGCUGUGAUGCAGCGACUAAAAGCAGCAGGAGUUCUGCAGGACAGACUGGACGCUCGGGUUUUCCCAGAUCAGCUUUUUGUUUUUGACGCAGACAAGAGUUUGACUAGAAGGAAGGGCAGCAGGAUGUGACGGUAAGUGACUUCCUGCCAUCAGAGCUCCGGGGGAACGGGACAGACGAGGAGCUACCAGACACAGAAACACGGCAGCGAGCCUCCAGGAGGACAAGCCGAGCAGCGAGGAGGGAGGUGAAGUGUUGGGAGACACGGUGUGAUCAUGUUUACAGGCUGCCCAGACAUUUAUGAUCCUGGGAGUCCAGAGGCAGAGCAGCGCCCCUCAGAGGAAGCUUUCAGUACUGCACUCCUCCCUUUACUGUCUCUGUCUGGUAGGAAAGUUAAAACGAGCACAUUUUAUUCUCCUGCUAUUCUUUUUCUACAGUCAGGGCCCAGUUUACCUUCUUCUGAGGGUUUUUUU